UCUAAGCAAAAACUCAAACGUAAACUGAAUAGACGUAAAGCAAUGACUUCAUAUUGUGCUCUGUCCAUAGAUCCGCCGGAUAUUGAGAAUAUCUUGGCCCUGAAUCCUAGAACUUACAGCCGUGCCAGUGUUCUUCCCAGUAUACAAACCAAAGCUGACAAGAAACACUGGAAAAGAAAUCCGGACAAGAAAUGCUCGACAUGUCGUCCCCUAAGAAAGGAUUUUGAUGAUAUUAAGCAUACUACAUUGAGUGAAAGAGGAGCCCUUAGAGAAGCGAACAGAUGCCUGAAGUGCGCAGAUGCUCCGUGUCAGAAAGGUUGUCCAACCCAACUUGACAUAAAAGCGUUCAUAAGCUGCAUAGCUACAAAAAAUUAUUAUGGCGCUGCUAAAAUAAUCCUCUCGGAUAAUCCUGCUGGAUUAUCUUGCGGUAUGGUAUGCCCAACAAGUGACCUUUGCGUGGGAGGCUGUAACCUGUAUGCCACCGAAGAAGGUCCUAUUAAUAUUGGAGGACUUCAACAAUUUGCCGUAGAGACCUUCAAAAAGAUGAAAAUACCUCAAAUAAAAGAUCCUGAUUUGUUUCCCAGUGGUGACGUACCUGACAGCUACAGAUCUAAAAUAGCAAUCUUUGGUUGUGGACCAGCAGGAGUCAGUUGCGCGACAUUUUUGGGAAGAUUAGGUUACACAGACAUCACAGUCUUCGAAAAAGAAAAAUAUAUUGGGGGUUUAAGCUCUUCUGAAAUACCGCAAUACCGACUUCCUUAUGACGUAAUACAGUUUGAAAUCGAUCUCAUGAAGGAUCUAGGAGUAAAAGUAGAAUGCAACAAAUCUUUAGGAAAGGAUUUUACGUUAUUAUCACUAAAAGAUGAAUACAAGGCAAUCUUCGUAGGAAUAGGUCUACCAGAGCCUCAUGUAACACCAAUGUUCGCUAAUCUUAAGGUCGAAAAUGGAUUUUACACCUCUAAAACAUUUCUUCCAGCUGUUGCAAAAGCAAGCAAAGCAGGCAUGUGUGCAUGCAAGCAACAGCUACCACAGCUUUAUGGAAAUGUUAUUGUACUGGGCGCAGGUGACACAGCUUUUGACUGUGCAACUUCGGCUAUCCGCUGUGGAGCAAGAAAAGUGUUCGUAGUCUACAGGAAAGGAACUGCAAAUAUUAGAGCUGUACCUGAAGAGGUUCAGCUGGCACACGAAGAAAAAUGCGAAUUUAUACCCUUUUUAACACCACGAAAGGUCAUUGUUAAAAAUGACAGAAUUACAUCGGUUGAAUUUAGUCGAACAGAGCAAGACGAAAGAGGAAAUUGGCUAAUUGAUGAUGAGCAAACAGUAACACUGAAAGCAAAUUUUGUAAUUUCAGCAUUUGGAUCCACCCUACUCGAUCAAACAGUUAUAGACGCAUUAUCACCUCUGAAGCUCACACAUCAAGGACUUCCAAAAAUAAAUAAUCAAACAAUGCAGUCGUCAGAGCCUUGGGUGUUUUGUGGAGGAGAUUUGGGAGGAGUAGGUGAAACAACUGUUGAAGCUACAAAUGAUGGAAAAACAGCGGCGUGGUAUAUGCACAGCUACAUACAGUCACAGUAUGGAAUGAAAAUUUCUCAGAUUCCACAACUGCCUCCAUUUUUUACGCCUGUUGAUUUGGUGGACAUAAGUGUGGAAAUGUGUGGACUGAAAUUUAAAAAUCCUUUUGGCUUAGCAAGUGCUCCAUCUACAACAAGCAGUCCAAUGAUACGACGAGCAUUUGAAGCUGGAUGGGGUUUUGCACUAACAAAAACAUUUUCACUAGAAAAGGACAUAGUUACGAAUGUGUCACCCCGAAUCGUUCGUGGAACAACGUCAGGUCAUAUAUAUGGACCAAAUCAAGGUUCUUUCCUUAACAUCGAACUCAUCAGUGAAAAAACCACCUCUUAUUGGUUGCACAGCAUUACCGAGCUAAAAAAGGACUUUCCCGAAAAUAUAUUAAUAGCUAGUAUUAUGUGCACUUUUGAUGAAGAUGAUUGGACAUGUUUAGCAAAAGAAUCAGAAAGUGCAGGAGCAGAUGCAUUAGAAUUGAAUCUUUCCUGCCCACACGGAAUGGGUGAAAGAGGAAUGGGAUUAGCAUGUGGUCAAAAUCCUGAGUUGGUGAGGAACAUAUGUAAAUGGGUUAGAGCUGCAGUUAAAAUCCCAUUUUUUGCAAAGCUGACUCCAAAUGUAACAGACAUUGUAACAAUAGCAAAAGCAGCUUAUGAAGGUGGAGCUGAUGGCGUAACUGUAACUAAUACUGUUUCUGGUCUCAUGGGUUUGAAGAGUAAUGCUACUCCUUGGCCUGGUAUUGGAAAAGAAAAACGAACGACUUACGGAGGAGUAUCAGGCAAUGCUAUUCGUCCAAUUGCGCUUAGAGCUGUUUCUGCUGUGGCUAGAGCACUUCCUGGCUUUCUUAUAUUAGCAACUGGUGGUAUAGAUUCAGCUGAUGCUGGACUUCAGUUUCUACAUGCAGGAGCAACAGUUCUACAGGUAUGUAGUGCAAUUCAGAAUCAAGAUUUUACUGUAAUAGAUGACUAUAUAACAGGUUUGAAAGCCUUACUCUACCUGCAAAGUUUGCCUGAAUUAGAACAAUGGGAUGGCCAAUCUCCACCAACAGAAAAGCACCAGAAAGGCAAACCUGUUCUUGAUAUCGAAGGCAUUGUAGGCAAGAAACUACCAAACUUUGGAGCUUUUCUGGCACAAAAACAAGCAAUUAUUUCAGAAAUAAAGGCUAAUCAAGAUUUAUUAAGUGAAAUAAAUGAACCCAAGCCCAACAGACCACCGAGAGAACCACAAAACUUUAUCCCAAAAGUGAAGGAUGUCAUUGGCAAAGCUUUAAACAAAAUAGGCACAUUUUCUGAUCUGGAUAUUACACAACAAAUGGUUGCUGUUAUUGAUGAGGAAAUGUGCAUUAAUUGUGGAAAGUGCUAUAUGGCUUGUAAUGACUCAGGAUAUCAAGCUAUAACAUUUGAUCCUUUGACUCAUUUACCUCAGGUUACAGAUCAGUGUACUGGAUGCACUCUUUGCCUAUCUGUGUGUCCAAUUAUUGACUGCAUACGUAUGAUAGCUCGGCAAACACCUUAUCAGCCAAAAAGAGGAAUCCCUAUAGAUAUUUCAAAAUCUUACAGAACAGGCAUACCAAUGCCAGCUCAGUGAAAAUAAAUAUAAAAUUAAUCACAUAAUAUUUUGUAAAACUUUAUUAUAUCUUUUUGCUUGAGAAUAGAAAUGAAAUAACAGGAUGA